AAGGGGAGGAACAAGUAUGAUCCUUCCCCGACACCGUAGAUAAUAAGGAAACACUGACUUCACCGCUUCAUCCCACAUUGCCCAAGUCUUUAAACAGUGUUUUUACUGCUUGUUUUCGGAAAGUGAAUCAUAUUUGCCAGUGAUAGAAAGCGGGAAAUAAUCUUCCACGAUGUUCCUCACCCUAGCGUUGUUGAAGAAAGGCAUCCCCGGAAAGCAGUGGAUCGGGAAGUACAGACGCCCGCGACCAAUCACAUGGCAGAUGAAACGCAACAUGCUGAAGCAUCUGGAGCGCGAGGCUGAGAAUGAAUACUGGAUCAGCCGGCCGUACAUGACCCCGGAGCAGGAGUACUGCCACGCAGCGGAGCGCAGAGCCCAGAACUGGCUAAAAAUUAAGGAGACCAAGUUUGCAAAUUUCCCCGAACACAAGACCUUGACAGACCACCUGAGUCAUCUCAACAUCACAAAGACGUGGUCAAGUUAAUGUGAGCAGAGAUGUGCAAAGACUGUCUUUAGAAUGAGAUAUUGUGUGAAUUUGUGAUGUUUCAUUAUGUUUAAAAGUGUGAAGAAGGACAAUGACAAGUUGUCAACAAAGUCAAGAAUAGAUCACUUUUACUCCAUAAAACAAAUCUGUGAAGUGUUUGUUAUCAGUCUAUAAACACUGCAACAGGACUGUAACUGCUCCACACUGAGUGCUGCUUAUUUGGAUAAAAACGGCUUAAAAAUG